GGCGAUCGGUGGUGCCCUGUGUCCAGCGGAUUACCGAUCCACGGAAAGAGCCAAAAAUGUCGGCUCGGUCAUGUGAUCAGCUGUGUCCAAUCACAGCUGAUCACAUCACCACCUGUCAGUGUCCAUCAGUGCCAGCUGUCAGUGCUCAUCCAUGCCACCUGCCAGUGCCCAUCAGUGCCACAUUUCAGUGCCACAUCAAUGCCGCAUUUCAGUGCCCAUCUGAGCUGCCUUUCAGCGUCACCCAUCAGUGCCAAUCAGUGCCACCUGUCAGUGCCGCCUAUCAGUGUGCACAAGUGCCACCUAUCAGUGCUGCCUAUCAGUGCCGCCUAACAGUGCCAGUCAGUGCCACCUAACAGUGCCCGUCGGUGCCACCUAUCAGCGCCAGUCAGUGCCGCCUAUCAGUGCCACCUAUCAGUGCCAUAUAUGAGUGCUGCCUUUCAGUGCCCAUCAGUGAUGCCUGUCAAUACCCAUCAGUGUCCAUCAGUGCCACCUAUCAGUGUCCAUCAGUGCAGCCUAUCAGUACCCAUCAGUGCAGCCUCAUUAGUGCACAUCAGUGAAGGAGAAAUAUCACUUAUUUACAAAAUUUUAUAACAAAAACUAAGAAAAAACUUUUUUUUUUUUUUUGUCAAAAUUUUCAGUAGUUUUUUGGUUUGUUUAGGAAAAAAUAA